GGAAAGGAUUCAGGCAGGAUAUCUACAGCACAGCCACACAAACACAGAGAUAAUUGUAGCUGUUGAACGCCGUAACGAUUGGCAACAUCACGACAUUUGCAAUAGGGGCACCGCACUGGUCGACCUUGUGCACCGGAGAGAAGGGAGUGUUCGGAGCCGGAGGGGUUGUAGCGUCCACUUUGACUGAAGGCUAUUCUCCUUGAACACCUCUUGAUCAACCAGAAGCCACAACCAGCAGGCUGGAUGGUUACGUGCCAGAGAAGGCAUACGAUAGCCAUAGCGAGGAAAAUCUAUUUUUGCUUCAACAACACAACAUGCCUUUCGACAUGAGCGGCAGUUCGUGUUCCCAAUGAAAACAAAAAUGCAAGGAGAGGCGACAGCACAUCAGCGUUGCCUUGAUAUAAGCCGUUCUGCACAUUCAAGAGCUCAGGUCGUUUUGAGGCCUGUCCCUGACUCAGAAGCACUGGAGAUAGGCCGGAUCAUAGAGUGAUUCCCUAAACCCUGCCUUUCACAUCACCUGCUCGGUCCGAAACUCUGGUUUCACACGCCCCUGGACUUACCCCGGUCACGUUCACCCACCCACCCAACCACCUACCCACACCCCUGCAGAACUGCGUCUGAAACCCCUCACUUCUUCAGACCUCUGCCUACUGGGAUAAAUGAGUGGACCGGCUGGAGAGGAUAGGGCUGGGAUAUGUACCAGAACCCACACAGAAUGUCCUGGUUUAGCGGCUUCCUAGUGGCCAGAGUGGACGACCGCAAGACCUCGUGGGGGGAGCGCAAUGGCAAGAAGUCCAAGCAGAAGGGAGGCUCAUCCUUCUGCAACCCGCGUUACAUGAGCUGCCUGCGGGACCCGGACGCCAUGGAGCCCCCCUCUGGAGCCCCCCUCCACCCCCACCACCGCGGAGGGGGGGCUGGGGCGGCGGGCGGGGGGGGCAACUUUGGCGUGCGCUGCAUCUGGCAAGAAGACCACUAUGGCAAACGGGGCGGCGCCACCGGGGAAGGGGUGGGGCUCAAAUCUGUCGACCUGGGCUUUGAGGACGGGGACCUGAAAGGGAGGAAGGGGGGGUGUAGCGGGGGUGGUGGGGAAGGGGGGGAAGAGGGUCCCAAUGGGGAAGGGGAGGUGACGGUGGCGGACUGCUGGCUGCGGGUGAUGCAGGUGUUCCAGUCCAAGAAAUUCCAGUCUCAUAAACUGGAGCGUCUGUACCAGCGCUACUUCUUCAGGCUCAACCAGAGCUCCCUCACCAUGCUGAUGGGGGUGCUGGUGAUCGUGUGCGGCGUGAUGCUGACCUUCCAUUGUGUCCAUGCACCCCCGGACGUGGCCUACUCCUCGGCCCUCUCUGUGGCCAUGGCCUUGUUCAUGGCCUUCAUGUUUGUGUGUAACCGGAACGGCUUCCACCAGGACUACAUGUGGAUGGUGAGCUACCUGGUCAUCGGGGUGCUGUUGCUGGUGCAGGUGUUCGGGGUGCUGAUGGUGGCGCCUCGCAGCGCGUCUGAGGGCAUCUGGUGGUCUGUCUUCUUCAUCUACAUCAUCUACACGCUGCUGCCUGUCAGGAUGAGAGCAGCCGUGCUGAGCGGAGGGGUGCUCUCCACCAUUCACCUGGUCACCACCUGGCAGUUCAACCAGGAAGACGUGUUCCUCUGGAAACAGCUGAGUGCCAAUGUGCUGAUCUUCCUGUGCACUAACAUCAUUGGGAUCUGUACCCACUACCCUGCUGAGGUGUCUCAGAGACAGGCCUUCCAGGAGACCAGAGGAUACAUUCAGGCCCGACUGCACCUGCAGAGAGAGAACCAGCAGCAGGAACGCCUCUUGCUGUCUGUGUUGCCUAGGCAUGUUGCCAUGGAGAUGAAGGCUGACAUCAAUGCUAAGAAGGAAGACAUGAUGUUCCAUAAGAUCUACAUCCAGAAACACGACAACGUCAGUAUUCUGUUUGCAGACAUUGAGGGUUUCACCAGCUUGGCGUCUCAGUGUACGGCUCAGGAGUUGGUCAUGACGCUCAACGAGCUCUUCGCCCGCUUCGACAAACUAGCAUCGGAGAACCACUGUCUGCGUAUCAAGAUCCUGGGCGACUGUUACUACUGUGUCUCUGGGCUGCCUGAGCCCCGCGCUGACCACGCCCACUGCUGUGUGGAGAUGGGCGUCGACAUGAUAGAGGCCAUCUCGCUGGUGCGUGAGGUGACGGGGGUCAACGUGAACAUGCGUGUGGGCAUACACAGCGGCCGUGUGCACUGUGGGGUGCUGGGACUCAGGAAGUGGCAGUUUGACGUGUGGUCCAACGAUGUCACACUAGCCAACCACAUGGAGGCUGGGGGCAAGGCAGGGAGGAUCCACAUCACCAAGGCCACCCUGCAGUAUCUGAAUGGGGAUUAUGAGGUGGAGCCGGGUUUCGGAGGGGAGAGGAACGCCUACCUGAAGGAGAACAGCAUUGAGACCUUCCUAGUGCUGGGCUGCAGCCAGAAACGGAAAGAUGAGAAGGCUAUGAUGGCCAAGAUGCAGAGGACGCGGUCCAACUCUAACGAAGGCCUGAUGCCUCGCUGGGUGCCCGACACAAGGUUCUCCAGGACCAAGGACUCAAAAGUCUUCAGACAGAUGGGGAUUGAUGAGUCGUCCAGCAAAGACAACCGUGGUGCCCAGGAGGCAAUGAACCCUGAAGAUGAGGUGGAUGAGUUUCUGGGGCGAGCCAUCGAUGCCCGCAGCAUCGACCAGCUGAGGAAAGACCACGUCAAGAAGUUCCUGCUCACCUUCCAGACCUCUAGCCUGGAGAAAAAGUAUUCGAAGAAGGUAGACGAUCGCUUUGGGGGUUACGUGGCUUGUACCCUCCUGGUCUUCUGCUUCAUCUCCUUCAUCCAGAUUGUCAUAUUUCCACACACCCCGGUCAUGCUGGGGAUCUACAUCAGUAUCUUCAUCAUCCUCGCCAACAUCCUCUUCAUCUGUGCCAUAUAUUCCUGCAUUAAGCUGUUUCCAGCUGCGAUGCAGAUAGUGUCAAAGAAGAUAGUCCAGUCUCGUACCAACAGCACUCUGGUGGGGGUGUUCACCAUCAUCCUCGUCUUCAUCUCUGCCUUUGUCAACAUGUUUGCCUGUGACACGGAGAGUUUGGUGGACUGCGUCGCCCGGGAGCUGAACACCUCUGUUUCCAUGGUGACACCCUGUCUCAUCCGCAACCUGUCUGUGUCGGUAGAUGGGGGUCUAGAGAUCUGUCCCAGCCAGGGCCCCUCAUGUCCCUUCCCAGAGUAUUUCAGCUACAGUGUGCUGCUGACCCUGCUGGCCUGUUCAGUGUUCCUCCAGAUCAGCAGUAUAGGGAAGCUGGCCCUCAUGCUGCUCAUCCAGCUCACCUUCCUGCUGCUGAUGGAGUGGCCACAGGUGGCGCUGUUCGACAAUGCUGACCUCUUCGUCACCUCCAAAGCCCUUGAUUUCAAUGAAACAAUUCAAUGGUCCAGUUUCAAUGAAACUACAGACGAGUGCCCGUUCAGUGUGACUAAAGUGUCUCUGAGAGUCAUGACUCCUGUGAUUCUCACUGUGUUUGUGCUGGCGCUCUACCUCCAUGCCCAGCAGGUGGAGUCCACUUCACGCCUCGACUUCCUUUGGAAACUACAGGCCACAGAGGAGAAGGAGGAGAUGGAGGAGCUUCAGGCCUACAACCGCCGCCUCCUCCACAACAUCCUCCCCAAGGACGUGGCGGCUCACUUCCUGGCACGUGAGCGCCGUAACGAUGAGCUCUACUACCAGUCCUGUGAGUGUGUGGCCGUCAUGUUCGCAUCAAUUUCCAACUUCUCUGAGUUCUAUGUGGAGCUGGAGGCCAACAAUGAAGGAGUGGAGUGUCUUAGGCUGCUCAACGAGAUCAUCGCUGACUUUGACGAGAUCAUCAGUGAGGAGAAGUUUCGUCAGCUGGAGAAGAUCAAGACCAUUGGCAGCACCUACAUGGCCGCCUCGGGCCUCAAUGAUUCCACCUACGACCGUGAGGGCCGCUCCCACAUUACGGCUCUGGCCGACUACGCCAUGAGACUGAGGGAGCAGAUGAAGUACAUCAACGAGCAUUCCUUCAACAACUUCCAGAUGAAGAUAGGUCUGAACAUUGGGCCAGUGGUGGCAGGGGUGAUUGGAGCACGGAAGCCACAAUACGAUAUCUGGGGGAACACGGUCAACGUGGCCAGUCGCAUGGACAGCACAGGAGUCCCCGACCGCAUUCAGGUUACCACGGACCUCCACCAGGUGCUUUCAGAUAUAGGAUAUGUUCUGGAGUGCCGUGGUGUCGUUAAAGUCAAGGGCAAAGGGGAAAUGACGACCUACUUCCUGAAUGACGGACCGCCCAAUAGUUAGCAGCCGUGGCAGCACUAGCCGGGACCAUUCCCGCGGCAACACUACUGAGGGAGGACUCGCACUGCGAGCUAGCGGCUAACAACUAGCGACGCCAUCACUUGAAACCGGAGCCAAGAGAAAGACUUUGAGACUCCAGGACUUGAGAAGGAAAUUGUUCUUGUUGAGAAGGAAAGUCUACUUGUGUGGCAGCCAUGUUUUGGCGCCCGCAUACAUGGAAGGACUAGUGUUUUUCUCAUGUCUAGCCUCUCUCUCAGGCUACUUUAAAGAUGCAAAGUCUGUUUAUUUAAAACAACGCCUUUAGCCUGUGUCAGAAAAAGAAAAAGGCUGUACAUAAGGCUACUUUCUAUUUGACUUCAUUUUGUGUGAUUUUUUUUUUUUUCGUUGUUUUCUUUCUUCUGCAGAAUUAUGAAACAGGUACAAAAAAAUUUUUUGGGGGGGUUACUUAUUUAUUUUAAUCUUGAUGUUUUGUGCAAAAAUUCCUUUAUGAAAAAGUCUGAAUUCAUAUGUGCACAAAUAUCCAGUUUAUUACACGUUUAUAAGUGUGUAUGUACAUGCAUAUUUGUGUGUGUAUGAAUAUGUGUAUAAAUUGAAGGAAAAUAUUGACCAAAGACCAAAAUAUUGACGAAAAACAAUGCAAGACAUGUCUGUUCUUGCAAAAGUCUGCAAUGAUCACCAACUCAAUCUGUUGUACGGCAGUACCCUCAGUCUUUUUACUGUAGUGCUGGCAAAUUGUAUUUAUCAAUAUGGGCAAAAUGUGUAACACUUUCAUUUUGUUUAUCAAUCAGCCAGCAAAGUACAGUUUAUCAUCGAUGACAUCUGUAGGAUUACUCUGCCUCCAUCUCCAAAAUGUGUUAUUUAAGAUUAAAUAGAGGCUUGGAAGCCUUUUUUAAAGCCAGGGGAGAUGGUUCAACCUGUUGGUUCAACAAAAUGUGAGGAAAUAGCGGUUCCACCCAGGAUGAUGGUCCCCCCUCCUCCUCAACCCUUGUCAAAUUUGUUCCCCCCGCCAUGGCUCAGUCCAGCUAUAACAGCUCAGAGCUUGAGCACCCAAGGCACAGUUGUAUACGUCACAAAGGCAUAAAGGCAUACUAUCAACUGCUUCGUCCCUUUCAAAUGUGUCCCUUUCCAUUUGUUUUGCGAAUGGAAAUUAAAGGACUCAAAACUAAAAAGGAGGUUCCAGAACCAGAGGCAUUAAAUACAGUGGUACCAAACAGCCUCCUAAGUUUGAAUCGCUAACGAGUAUUUUCUAAAGAAAGAAGGAAAUCUAUAUAUAUAGACUGAAUACUGUGCUUUGUAAUCUUGAAGGGGCAUAACUAUUUUCACUGUGAGGUUUUUAUGAUAUGACAAACUGCUUUCUUGCCUAACUUAAUUGCUCUAAAGCAUGUCUGAUUGUGGUAUCCUGUUUUCAAUUUAGUUUGUUUGUUUUAACAUUGGCUAUUUUUUAUCACCUCUGUAUUCAUAAUUUGUAUUAUCCUGUAUUGUAUUAUGAUGAAUUAUUAAGCUUAUUGUGAUGAAUCCAUUCCAACGAUAAGGAUCAAAGGGCAGAACGCUUUCUUGUAAAAUGCCAGACGUAAGCUCAAGCUCAAUGGUACCAACUGAUCAACUGCAGCCAACUACAGUAUUUCAAACACUGGCCCUAGAUUUGAUCACACAUUCUCAUUAGCUGUCGCUUUUCCACAGAUAUACAGAUUGUAACCUGUACCUUUUUAUUGAGCAAACACUACUGCAGGACUAAGCUCAGUCAGUUUGUGCACUGAUCCAUCCCUAUCAGACUUCAGGACCCUCCUCAGAGAGACAGGACACAAUCAGCAGUGUGAGCAGUAUUAGAACUCUGCCUUAAUUGAACAAGCCACUGGAGAAUACAGCGGGAAGAGGAACCGAGUUUCACAGAGGCGGAGAAAUAGAGGGAAGGAUAGAGAGAUAGCCUGUGAAAGCUAAUUUACUGACCUUAGCAUUGACUCAACACUGACAUCAUUUUGAUAAUUUUGACUUCCCCAUAACAUCCUCAAAACACCCCCGUCAUCAUUCCUCUCUUUACCAGACUUGACUAUGGACACUAAAAGUUAAUAAUGUUCGUACCAAAGCAAGCUAAUGCUGCGUCAUGCUAUUGGCCCCUUCCUGUGUAGUGAUGUUUGGCCUUGAGCGUGUGGGACCGCCAGGGAAAAGGUAAAGGUCUUGGGGUUGAUAAAUAACUGAGGUUGUGACCAAUCGAGAGUGAUUAACAUAGAAAUAGAAUACAUAGAAUGGACGUGGUUAGUAAGAUUAUAUUUCUAUGAGCUGUCUUGUCUUUGGGUUGGGUGGAUGUUGAUUGUUGACUCUUGGGAUGUUUUUAGGGCAUAGAUGAGGGGAGGAGGGUCAUCCCAGAUCUACUGAAACAGUGUUUUGCUCAAUCCUGAUGAAUCCUACCCUCUUCUUUUUGUUUUCUACCCCUGAGGUGAAGGACAAGAAGAGUUGGGGACUAUGACAAAGAGAAAAAUAACAUUUCCCCUUGAAGAAAAAAAUAAAAACCAAUGGCUGUUUUGA